GGGCGACCGCCCGGAGAGCAAACAGCGAGACGUUUCCGCCAUUUUGUCGGCCCCAACAGAGCUGGCCGGGGGGCUGGAGACUACAAGUUCCGUGAGCCCCCGCGGCGACACUCCCUACCCCCUCACUGUCCGGCCUGCUCCCUCUCUCCCCCCUCCCGGGGGCCGCAGGCUCUGGCAGCCGCUGGCGGCCGGUGGGCCAAGUAGGAUUUCCGGGGGAAACUACUGUGGAGGCUGAGGAGGCGGCGGGGCGACCCCGACAGACAACACUAUCAUCACUGGUGAAAGUGUAAGAAUUAGACCAGCACCUUGUGCCAUGGAUUAUCUGUGUUACACCCACCACCAGUGAUGGAGUCCUCAUUGCCAUCUAGUCUGUGAGCAAUUCAACUCCAAAUCCACAUCAUAUUUCCAGUUUUUUCAGAUCGCAUGUGGCACCAACUGUUAGUAGAAACUAUACCCUACCUCCCUAAACUGGUUAAUAGUGGCAUGGAAGAUCCAUUGGACUUCUCCAGAGAACCCUGGGACAAAGAAGCAGGCCAGCCCACCGCCGACCCAGGCAUGAUCAUGGACAGUGUGGAAGCAGGAGGAGACAUGACGCCUCCCACCAAAAGGAAGAGCAAGUUCUCAGGCUUUGGCAAGAUCUUCAAGCCCUGGAAAUGGCGGAAAAAAAAAAGUAGUGAUAAAUUCAAAGAGACCUCAGAAGUUUUAGAGCGAAAAAUAUCUAUGCGAAAACCGAGAGAAGAGCUGGUUAAAAGAGGGGUUCUGUUGGAAGACUCUGAACAGGAUGGUGAGGAGCCAGGGAAGUUGAACCAUGCCAUGUUAAAGAAUGGCCACACCACCCCCAUUGGGGAUGCCAGAUCUUCUAAUCCAGUCCCAGUAGAGGAAGAGCCAGAAAGAAUAGCAAGUCUUGGAAAACCUGUUCCAGAAGAGGACCCAAAGAAGCAACUAGGCUCAACUGGAAGCCGGCCUAAUUCUGAAGCAGAGUUCGUUCCUGAGAAUGCACUUGGCUCAGCUCUAAUUCUAUGCCCUGGGCUGGCCCUUCAAAGCAUUGUAAAGCCAUCUUAUAGUGAGAUGUUGCUCUCUCUUUUUCCGGCAGUAAACAGUGGAACAUUGUUAUCUAAACCAUCCCCACCCUUACCACCGAAGAGAGGCAUUCCAUCAACCUUGGUACCCACCUCGGAGUCUGCCGCCGCCACCACAAAAGCACCAAGUGAUCAAAGAGAGAAGAGCACGUGCUCUGUGGGCUCCGAACAGCUGCUGCUCAUCCCCCCUCCCUCUCCUUCCCCCCCACUGCCCACUCAUAUACCGCCAGAGCCGCCCCGGUCCCCUCCACUCCCUGCCAAGACUUUUCAAGUUGUGCCAGAAACUGAGUUUGCACCUUCUUCAGAUCUACCCCAGGAGGUUUCCCCGCAGGAAGACCAGAAGAAGGAAGCACCCAAGAGGAUGUUGGACCACAGCUUUGGGGAGCCCCAUGUCCCCUCUAGGCUGCCCCCACUCCCACUGCAUAUCCGAAUCCAACAGGCCCUGACCAGCCCACUUCCCAUCUCCUCCUCCUUGGAGGGCUCUCACAGAGCUCAUUCGUUGCUCUUCGAGAACAGUGACAACUUUUCCGAGGACAGCAAUACUCUGGGUCGUACCAGGUCACUUCCCAUCACUAUUGAAAUGCUGAAAGUUCCAGAUGAUGAAGAAGAGGAGCAAACCCACCCAUCUGCAUUCAGUGAAGAUAUGCCUCCUACCUCAGUCACUCCUAAACUCCCACAGUGUCUGCAGGAGGAAGAGGAAGAGAAGGAGAGCGACUCAGACUCAGAAGGUCCCAUUCAGUACCGAGACGACGAGGAUGAAGAUGAAAGCCAGAACAGUGCUCUGGCCAACAAAGUGAAGAGGAAAGACACACUGGCAAUGAAGUUGAAUCACAGACCCAGUGAACCAGAGUUGAACUUGAAUUCUUGGCCUCGCAAAAGCAAAGAGGAGUGGAAUGAAAUACGGCACCAGAUUGGGAACACGCUGAUCCGACGACUGAGUCAAAGACCAACACCAGAAGAACUUGAACAACGAAAUAUACUACAACCUAAAAACGAAGCUGAUCGUCAGGCAGAAAAACGGGAGAUUAAACGUCGGCUCACUAGAAAGCUAAGUCAAAGGCCGACUGUGGCCGAACUCCUUGCCAGGAAGAUUCUGAGGUUUAAUGAAUAUGUGGAGGUAACAGAUGCGCAAGAUUAUGACCGGCGAGCAGACAAACCUUGGACCAAACUGACCCCUGCUGACAAGGCUGCCAUCAGAAAAGAAUUAAAUGAAUUUAAAAGCUCAGAGAUGGAGGUUCAUGAAGAGAGCAAGCAUUUUACACGCUACCAUCGUCCAUGAUGCUGAAGUAUGAGAGGAACUGAACAACCCCCCAAAACAGGGCUACUUUGCUGCUUCAGUCUCCAGAAUGACACGGCGGGAACUUCAGCGCUUACCAGCACAGCCAGAAUUGAGUCUUCUGGGGUGAACAGCUCUUCUAUGAAUGUAGCGUUUCACUGGAAUGGAUUCGCAUGUGCUGCCUUGAACAAAACUGAACUCUGUCAGUGCUUGGAACCUUUUACUGUUGCAGCGUACUUCAGGGGUAUUCCCUCCCCAGCCACGAACGUUCUGGGCCACUUGCAGGUUCUGCGUUUUGUUGGCUGCACCACACCAAUGUGACUGCCUGUGCCGAGGCACAGUUCGCACCAUUAGCCUUACCUGCUCUGUCCAGCUGUGAGACCCACUCGUGUAGGCGCUAAAUUCCCGCCAUUGAAUCUAGUUGGUGGUGGGGAAAACCGAGAGGGCCCCACCUUCUAGCAAAGGGGCCCCCACUUCUCGGGGAAGCUUCCUACCACACUGGCAUGUCAGCCUUGCACUUACCUCUGGUAACAGCAAUACCGUCCUCUGCAGGCACAGCCUGAAAGCAGCUCAGGAUCUGUCAAGUGCUUCCUUUUUUAUUAUUAUUUUAAUCUGGAAGUGAUGGAAACUUAUGUUCUGUCUCACCUGCAACCAGAUUCCAAGUUGGGAAAAGGCAAAAGCAUGUGUUUUCUGUAUACAAAACCAAAAAACGCCUUUAUGUUAAUGCUAACUUGGCAGAAAACUGACUCAUGGCUUAAAUGUUAAAAGCUGUUGUACGUUUGUUGCACCAAAUGAUACUGUAAAUCAUUUUGCCCAAUAGGUACAUUCUCCUCCAUAAAGCAGAGUUGUAGCAACUCUGGGAGUUGCGUGCUAUUGGCCCCCACACUUCCAGCCAGAAUCAUAGCAAAGUCCUAGGGUUGUUGGGUGCUAAAUCAGGUCUUCGGAGAAGCGAGUAGGAGGGGCACAGUCAUAACCCACUGCUCCUCUCCUCCUCAGCACAGAUGUCUGUCCUCCUGCUGCCCCUCUGGCAGCUUCCACCUCACUCAUCCCUACUCUUCCAAGCUGGAGCCAGUGGAGUCGGUGCCUGGCCAUUGGCUCAGCCCCCACCCCCUUUUGUAAUAUAUAUUAAUAUGAUUCCCUAAAACAAGAUUCAGUUGCUUUCUUUGAAUUUUUAUUGAAAACCUUACAGCCUCACUGUUUCCCUCUAAUUCCUAUCCACACUUAAUGGAAGAAAAAAAAUAGUUUCUAGUUAACGAAUGAAUGUAGCUUUCUCUUUUUAAUGUUCAGAAAAUUGUGGCUGUUUUAUAGAUUUCUUCUGCAGUCCCCAUUGUUCUGUAUGUAAUCUUUCAGUAGAUUUUUCCUUUUUUCUCCUUUAUGUCAUGUAAGAUUUGGUGAAGUCAGAAUAUCAUGUUAAGACAAAACGCUAAAGUGACCUUAAAAGUAGUGUUCUCUCUCUGUAUGGGUAAUAGGAGGUAUUGGAUUUCUCAGUGACUGUCAAAUGCUUUAUGGCUAUGGAAAUAUACUGGGUUCACAUCUCCUUGAAACUAAUUAACCUGUGGUAUGGGGGAAAGAUAAGAGACAACUCCACAGUAUUGUCAGAGGUCUGUAUAUAAGGUGGGAACACAUUAACUGCUAACUUGACUUCUAACUUUUCUGUCUUGUUGGUUUGGAGAUUACUUGGCUUAUGUCAGAAUUCUCUGUGGCUUAAGAUGACAUUUUCAAACCCUUUACUGCCUUUCUUUCCCUUAAUGUGCCAAGCUUGAAAUAGGAUUUGAUUUCCUGAGCUUCUUGUUUGCUUUCUAUGUGCCACCAAGAAAUCUAAUUCAUCUUUCAUCUCAUUCAUGUUCUUUUGAAACAGGAUACUUUGGGGGUCAAGUCUUUUCAGGUGAUUUUUAUAUAUAUACAUAUAAAUAUAAAGGAUUUUGUUUCCUUGUAAGUAACAAUUUACAGUCAUAAUGUAUAGAAGAAAUAAAAGUCUGAUGUAUUGUACUUUAAAAUGCUUCCCUGAUGUACAGAAUCUCCUUGUAAAAUAAGUAAUUGCAUUGUAUAUCAGUCUUCCUAACAACAUUAAUUAUUAAAGUAUUUUAGAAUU